AUGGGCUUAUGUUCUCUUUUGAACCUCUUUUUCACUGUAAGUUCUUGUGCUCAACCUAUAUCCGUCAACACAAUUCAAACUAAAUAUGGCGAGAUUAAUGGACUAGACAUAUCGCUUGGUAGAACACUAAUCAAAGCGUAUGAAGGAAUACCUUAUGCUCAGCCGAUUAACUCUUCAACUCGUUUUCAGAAGAGCGAGAUGGUUUUACCUUGGGAUAACGUACUAGAAGCCAAUACCAGAAAACCAACAUGUUACGAAAGAUUAUUAUCCGAUGGCAUAUACUCAGAAGACUGUUUAUAUCUUGAUAUUUACACUCCGCCGGAAAUAGACAACUCCACACUCUUACCUGUUGUUGUAUAUUUGUCAAAUGAAUUAGAUAACACCGGGAUGAAUGAUAAUACGUUGGCUUUCCGUAUUGUUCCUCAAAAUAUCAUUUUGGUUGCUGUACAGUACAGGAAAGGACCUUUCGGCUUUUUGCAUGUACCAGAGCUCGAUUUGCCGUCCAAUGUUGGCUUAUGGGACUCGAACUUGGCACUGUUAUUUUUGCAAGAUGUUCUUAGCGCAUUUGGAGGGGAUCCUAACAGAAUAACAUUGAUGGGCCAGGGUCUGGCUGCUACUCUGACUAGUGCUCAUGCAGUCUCUCCACAAUCAAGUCACUUGAUAUCUCAAACUAUACAAAUGAGUGGAAGCAUUUGGGGUAUUGGAACAAGCCAAAUAGCUACUAAAGCCAAUUCGAGAGAAUUGAUUACUUCCUUGAAUUGUCCGAUAGUAGAUGAUCAAGAAUUCUUGGAAUGUUUGCGAAAUUUGACAGUAGAAGAAAUACUUUCAGAGACGGGAAACAUGACGUUCGGCCCUAUCAUUGAUGAAGAGUUUCUUCCCGCUUAUCCUCAAAUACUAGUCGAAGAAGCCAAGCCUAUACCAAGUCUCAUCACUGUCACCACAUAUGGCUAUCAAUCACGAGAACUGUUCGCAGCUUCUCCAUCAUUUUUCUAUGAUUUCAACAAGGAAAAUUUAAUUGAUUAUGUUCGAGAUCAAAUUUCUCCGAAGUAUGAGAACGAGUUUCCACGAGCUGAAAAGGAAAUCUUCAAGCAGUACAUUCCUUUUAAAAACAUGACUUCCACGCAGCUUCUCUCGCAAUUUGUAAAACUGAUUGAAGAUAUCUCUUCGUUCGUUCCAACAGCACGAGAACUUGAACACAGGACGAAAAGAUCAGCCGAAUGUUUCUUGAUGUUCUGGGAUUAUAGCUCUCCAAACCAGUUCCCCUCUAACUUCUCCUUGAAAGGAAGCUAUUAUGGACAGGAAUUGGCAUACCUCAGCGACUACUUCGCUUUUUCCCCUUUCAACUUUUCCGAAGAUGACUUGACGGUCCGAAGACUCUUUGUGGAUUCUCUCACACAUUUCAUCAGAACAGGUGAUCCAUCAACAGCUGAUUUCAAAUGGUCAUCAUACAACGGCAAUCAAACGUAUCUGAAAAUGAAACCAAAUCCAGAAAUAGAUGAAGAUCUGUUUGAGACAUCUCUAUCCUUCUGGAAUCAUAUGAGCAAAUUCGGAAAAGAUAUAAUCUCUGGCACGAAUACGGACGUGGAAAAUAUGGAAAGUAGCGCAUCCAACUUCUAUUGUAGUUUAGCAUUUUUGAUAUUUUUGAAUAUUUUAUUUUUUCAUUAA